AUGUCUCGCUCGGCUGCUCCAAUUAUAAUUGUGGGCUCACAUGUGUGGGUUGAAGAUCCACAUUUAGCAUGGAUAGAUGGAGAAGUGACUCGAAUUGAUGGUGGAAACAUUCAUGUUAAAACCAAGAAGGGGAAAACCGUUGUGACGAAUGUAUACUUUCCCAAGGAUACCGAAGUUCCACCUGGAGGUGUAGAUGACAUGACAAAGCUUUCAUACCUGCAUGAGCCUGGAGUCUUACAAAACCUUAAGACGAGAUAUGAAAUUAAUGAUAUCUACACAUAUACGGGAAAUAUCCUAAUUGCUGUUAAUCCAUUCCAAAGGUUGCCUCAUAUUUAUGAAACCGAUAUGAUGGAAGAAUAUAAGGGAAUUGGACUUGGGGUACUAAGUCCUCAUGUUUUUGCUAUCGGGGAUGCUGCAUACAGGGCAAUGAUUAAUGAAGGAAAAAGCAAUUCGAUUUUGGUAAGUGGAGAAAGUGGUGCUGGUAAAACCGAGACGACAAAGAUGCUCAUGAGGUACCUUGCCUUUUUGGGAGGGAGGUCUGGUGUAGAAGGAAGGACAGUUGAACAGCAAGUCUUAGAGUCCAAUCCGGUUCUCGAAGCAUUUGGCAAUGCAAAAACUUUACGGAACAACAAUUCGAGUCGUUUUGGUAAAUUUGUUGAAAUCCAGUUUGACAAGAAUGGAAGGAUAUCUGGGGCAGCUAUUAGGACUUAUCUGCUUGAGAGGUCCCGUGUUUGUCAAAUCUCAGAUCCCGAAAGGAACUACCAUUGCUUUUACCUUCUUUGUGCUGCUCCGCCAGAGGAUAUAGAGAAGUACAAGCUGGGAAACCCACAGUUAUUCCAUUAUCUAAAUCAGUCAAGUUGUUAUAAACUGGAUGGUGUUGAUGAUGCUAGCGAAUACCUUGAAACCAGAAGAGCUAUGGAUGUAGUUGGAAUCAGUAAUGAAGAACAGGAGGCAAUCUUCAGGGUGGUUGCUGCAAUUCUUCAUCUUGGUAACAUUGAUUUUGGAAAGGGGGAAGAGAUUGAUUCCUCGGUCAUCAAGGAUGAAAAAUCCCGAUUCCAUCUUAACUUGGCGGCAGAGCUACUUAUGUGUAACGCCCAGAGCCUAGAAGAUGCUCUAAUUAGGCGAGUGAUGGUUACACCUGAAGAGAUUAUCACGAAAACUCUGGAUCCCGAUAAUGCAAUCGCGAGUAGGGAUACCCUGGCCAAGACAAUCUAUUCUCACUUGUUUGACUGGAUUGUGAAUAAAAUUAAUACUUCCAUCGGGCAGGACCCAAGGUCAAAGUCGAUAAUUGGAGUUUUGGAUAUCUAUGGGUUUGAAAGUUUCAAAUGCAAUAGUUUUGAGCAAUUCUGCAUCAAUUUCACGAAUGAAAAACUGCAACAGCAUUUUAAUCAGCAUGUUUUCAAGAUGGAACAGGAAGAGUACACCAAAGAAGAGAUCGACUGGAGCUACAUAGAAUUUAUUGAUAACCAAGAUGUUCUUGAUUUAAUUGAAAAGAAACCAGGCGGAAUUAUUUCACUUCUAGAUGAAGCCUGCAUGUUCCCCAAGUCUACACACGAAACCUUCUCCCAAAAGUUGUUCCAGACGUUCAAAAAUCACGAGAGAUUUUCCAAACCGAAGCUUUCUCGCACUGAUUUUACCAUAUCGCAUUAUGCGGGAGAGGUUACUUAUCAAUCAAACCAUUUUAUCGACAAGAACAAGGAUUAUAUAGUUGCUGAACAUCAAGCGCUAUUUACUGCGUCCAAUUGCUCCUUUGUGGCUGGUUUGUUCCAUGCGCUUCAUGAAGACUCAUCCAGGUCAUCAAAGUUUUCUUCCAUUGGGUCACGGUUCAAGCAACAACUUCACUCGCUGAUGGAAACACUAAAUGGUACAGAACCUCAUUACAUCAGAUGUAUAAAGCCGAACAAUGUUCUUAAACCUGGUAUCUUUGAGAAUUUCAACGUCAUUCAUCAAUUACGUUGUGGGGGUGUUCUUGAGGCCAUUAGGAUCAGUUGCGCUGGCUAUCCUACCAGGCUUGCCUUCUAUGACUUUCUUGAACGUUUUGGUCUCCUUGCUCCAAAAGUCUUGGAAGGGAAUUACGAUGAUGAAGUAGCUUGCCAAAUGAUUCUUGAUAAGAAAGGUCUGAUGGACUACCAGGUAGGAAAGACAAAGAUUUUCCUUCGAGCUGGUCAGAUGGCUGAAUUAGAUGCUAGGAGAGCAGAGGUGCUUGGAAAUGCUGCCAGAGUCAUUCAGAGGCUAUUUCGCACAUGCAUUGCCAGAAAGAAAUUCCGUUCUAUUCGCAAUGCUGCAAUUGUACUGCAAUCUUACCUACGAGGCGAGAUUGCCCGAACAGUACACAAAAAACUGAAAAUAGAAGCUGCAGCUCUAAGAUUCCAGAAGAAUUUCCGCCGGUACAUCGCCAGCAAAUCUUUUGUCACCACCAGAUCAUCUACAAUCACGUUGCAGACCGGCUUAAGGGCCAUGAUUGCACGUAAGGAAUUCAGGUUACGAAGGCAAACAAAAGCCGCCAUUGUGAUUCAGGCUCACUGGCGUGGUCACCAAGUAUACUCAUAUUAUACAAGACUUCAGAAGGCGGCAAUAGCCACUCAAUGUUCCUGGAGAUGCAGACUUGCUAGAAGAGAGCUUAGAAUGCUGAAAAUGGCUGCAAGAGAAACCGGUGCUCUUAAAGAUGCUAAAGAUAAAUUGGAGAAGCGGGUGGAAGAGCUUACCUGGCGUUUGCAAUUGGAGAAGCGAUUAAGGACUGAUCUUGAGGGGGCAAAGGUGCAAGAAGUUGCAAAGCUGCAAGAGGCUUUGCAUACCAUGCAGUCACAUUUGGAAGAAGCUACUGCAGUGGUCGUAAAGGAACAGGAGGCGGCUCGAAUAGCAAUUGAAGAAGCUAGUAGAGUUAAAAAGGAUCCUGUUGUCGUUGAAGAUACAGAGAAGAUUGAUUAUUUGAGCAACGAAAUUGAGAGGCUAAAGGGACUGUUGUCAUCAGAAACACAUAAGUCAGAUGAAGCAACGCAGGCCUAUCGUGGUGCUUUGGUCCAAAAUGAGGUAUUAAGUAAGAAACUUGAAGAAGCUGGAAGAAAAAUAGAUCAGCUUCAAGAUUCUGUUCAGAGAUUCCAAGAAAAGGUCUCUAAUUUGGAGUCAGAGAAUAAGGUACUCCGGCAACAAUCUCUUUCCAUCUCACCGACUACUAGAGCUUUGGCUCUAAGACCAAAAACUACCAUAAUUCAGAGAACUCCCGAGAAGGAAACUUUCUCCAAUGGAGAAACAAAACAAGUUCACGAACCUGAAACUGAGGAUAGGCCCCAGAAAUCGCUUAAUCAGAAACAGCAGAUAAAUCAAGAGCUUCUUCUAAAGUCUAUUUCGGAAGAUAUAGGAUUUUCUGAAGGCAAGCCUGUUGCUGCAUGUCUGAUAUACAAGUGUCUGAUACACUGGAGAUCUUUUGAAGUAGAAAGAACCAGUAUAUUUAAUCGCAUUAUAGAGACAAUAGCAUCCGUCAUCGAGAUGCAGGAAAACAGCGAUGUCCUAUGCUAUUGGUUAUCCAAUUCCGCCACACUGUUAAUGUUGCUUCAACGCACUAUUAAUGUUGCUUCAACUCCUAGACGUCGGGGAAUGUCUGCAUCUUUGUUUGGACGGGUAUCUCAGAGCUUCGGAGUUUCUCCGCCAAGUGUUGGAUUCCCAUUUAUGAAUGGAAGGAAGAUUAAUAGUGGGCUAGACGACCUACGUCAAGUUGAAGCUAAAUACCCUGCUUUGCUUUUCAAGCAGCAACUCACCGCUUUCCUAGAAAAGAUAUAUGGAAUGAUCAGAGACAGGAUGAAGAAAGAGAUUGCUCCUCUGCUUGCUUCUUGCAUUCAGGCACCGAGGACACCACGUUCUGGUUUAGUAAAGGGACGUUCACAAAAUAAUUUUGUUGCUCAAAAAGCGCUAAUUGCUCAUUGGCAAAACAUUGUCACAUGUCUAGACGGCCACUUGAGGACUAUGAGGGCCAAUUAUGUGCCUUCGUUGCUAAUUUCUAAAGUGUUCGGGCAGAUAUUUUCAUUUAUAAAUGUUCAGUUGUUUAACAGCCUUCUUUUGAGACGUGAAUGCUGCUCGUUUAGCAAUGGAGAGUACGUAAAAACUGGGCUUGGGGAGCUGGAAAAGUGGUGCCAUGAUGCAACUGAGGAGUUUGUUGGUUCAGCUUGGGAUGAACUAAAGCACAUCAGACAAGCUGUUGGCUUCUUGGUUAUCCAUCAGAAGCCAAAGAAGAGCUUAGUAGAGAUAACUACAGAACUUUGUCCGGUGCUUAGCGUACAACAAGUGUAUAGAAUCAGUACUAUGUACUGGGAUGACAAAUACGGUACACAUACCGUAUCUUCAGAGGUGACAGCAAGCAUGCGGCGUAUAAUAGCAGAGGAAAGCAACCCUAUCAGCAAUUCGUUUUUACUAGACGACGAUACAAGCAUCCCAUUCUCGCUUGAUGAUCUCUCGAAAUCGAUGCAAAACAUAGAGGUUGCAGAGAUCGAUCCUCCUCCGUUGAUUCGACAUAACUCCAACUUCAUGUUCUUGUUGGAAAGUAUCGGUGAUUCCUUUCAUAUCUCCGGCGAAAGUGUGGACCUUGCGUUGAGGAUUUUCUUGAUUACAGAGAGAGGAUGGUCGUUUCUCCGUUUAGAAGUGGCGAAGAUGAAUCUGCGAGCUGCUGAGGAAGAAUCUUCUCGAGAGAUUCACAUUCCAGCUGAUAUAAAUUGGGAAAUGCUUGAUAAAUCGAAGUUUUUUGUUCUCGGUGCGGCCUUGUUUUCAGGAGUAUCAGGAGCUCUUUACCCUGCGGUUUUGAUCAAAACCCGGCAGCAAGUUAGCUACUCACAAGUUUCCUGUAUCAGGACUGCGUUCACUCUUGUCAGACACGAAGGUUUCAAAGGGUUGUACAGAGGAUUUGGGACAUCUUUGACGGGAACUAUCCCUGCUCGUGCGUUGUACAUGACUGCACUAGAGGUCACUAAGAGUAACGUAGGCUCUGCAGCGGUUAGCUUAGGAUUUACAGAAGUCAAGGCUGCUGCAAUUGCCAACGCGGUUGGUGGUUUGACCGCUGCAAUGGCGGCACAGCUUGUUUGGACACCUGUUGAUGUGGUGAGCCAGAGGCUUAUGGUUCAAGGUAGCAGUGGUUUGCUCAAUGCGUCGAAAUGCAAUUAUGUUAAUGGGUUUGAUGCAUUUAGAAAGAUCAUUACUUCAGAUGGACCAAAGGGAUUGUACAGAGGAUUUGGGAUAUCUAUUUUGACUUACGCCCCUUCUAAUGCGCUCUGGUGGGCUUCUUACUCUGUUGCUCAACGGAUGGUUUGGAGUGGAGUUGGGUGUUAUGUUUGUAAGAAAGACGACAGAGCAAACAAUGAGAAUGGGAACAACGGUAUGAUUAAACCGGACUCCAAAACGAUUAUGGCUGUUCAAGGAGUUAGUGCCGCCAUUGCUGGUAGUUUCUCUGCUCUGAUAACAAUGCCGCUCGACACAAUUAAGACAAGACUACAGGUUCUAGACGGAGAAGAUAGUAACAGUGCGAAGCGUGGUCCGACUUUUAGACAGACUGUUAGAAACUUGGUAAGGGAAGGUGGAUGGACAGCUUGUUACAGAGGAUUGGGACCUCGAUGCGCUUCUAUGUCUAUGUCUGCAACAACUAUGAUCACUACUUAUGAGCUCUUGAAGCGACUUUCGGCAAAGGACCAUGACACGUUUUGCUCUAGAUCACAAUGA